CAGCAAGAGUUCUAGGGUUCUUCCUAGAGAUUGGGAGAAAAUGCUCGUUCCCGCAAUGUGCCAGGCAUGGAUCGGCAUCCAGAGAUGGAAGCUCGCCAGCGCGAUCGAGGACGAAGGCUUCCUUCCAGCGCCAACAAACGCGCGCUGCGAGAGCUGCCGGAGAAUCUCACCGAUUGAGGGAUUCUUAUGAGCGCUUCCAAAAAUGCCAGGAGAAAUCUUCCCAGCCUUCUCGCGGCGCUCAAGUCGUGCGCGAGCUCCGGGGAUGUCAAGCGCAUCAAGAGCAUCCACGCAGACGCCAUGGAAAGAGGUGAAGUGUCCAGCGUUUACGCAGCCAGCGCUUUGGUUAACGCAUACGCCAAGUGUGGGAGCAUGGCCGACGCUCACAGUGUCUUUGACAGGAUGCCUUGCCACAACGCCAUUGCUCUCACGUCAUUGAUGCUGGGCCACGCCGAGGAUGGAAAUGGAGAGCUCGCGCUGGAGCUUUUCUCUCGCAUGGAAGACGCUGGCUGUCCACCGGAUGCUCGGAUUCUCGUAGCCGCUACCAAAGCUUGCGGCCGCCUGGCUCUCAGGGAGGAGUUCACACGUGUUGACGGCACGUUUGUGAGGGUGGCUUCGCUGGAAAGAGGGAUUUCUCUGCACGAUCAAGCUGCGAGGCUUGGUUUCGACUCGGACAGGUUCCUGGCAAGCAGCAUGAUCGAGAUGUAUGCGAAGUGUGGAAGCAUGGAGGAUGCUAAGCAGGUGUUUGACAAGCUGGAUUCCCACGACGACGUGAUACUCUGGAACGGGCUGAUGCUUGGAUACGCAGAGAAUGGGGAAGGGGAGCUGGCUAUGGAUCUGUUCGAGCUCAUGCGGACUAAACGCUGCUCGCCGAAUGCUCGGACUGUCGUUGCCGGUUGCAAAGCCUGCGCGGACAUGGGAUUGAAAGAAGAAGGAAAAGCGGUGCUGGAUGGCAAGCUUGUGAGCUUGGAGUCCCUGGAGAAGAGUCUGGCUCUACAUUCAGAGGCUGCAAAACGCGGAUACGACUCGGACAUUUUUGUGUCGAGCACUGUCAUCGACAUGUACGCGAAGUGUGGAAGCAUGCGAGACUCGCGUCUCGUCUUCGACAGGAUGGUUGGUCACAACGUCGUGGCUUGGAACUCUUUGAUCCUCGGCUAUGCGGAAAACGGGGAACCCGAGCUCUCUUUGGAACUGUUUCGACACAUGAGACCUCGAGGCUGUCUUCCCGACGCGUGCAGCUUCGUGGCUGUCACAAAGGCGUGCUCUUAUUUGGCAGUAGCAGAAGAAGGCAAGCAGGUUGACGGAAUGGUGGUGAAACUGGAGUCUUUAGAGAAGGGGAUGGGAAUUCACUUGAAAGCUGCGCAAUCUGGCUACGAUUUGGAGAUAGUCGUCACCAACACUUUGCUGGAUAUGUACGCAAAGUGUGGGAGCCUGGUUGAUUCUCGAAGGAUUUUCGACAGGAUGUGUUUUCACAGCGUUGUGUCCUGGAACGCGUUGUUGCUGGGAUAUGUCGAGAACAGGAAAGCAGAGCUCGCCUUGGAGAUGUUUGAAUGGAUCAGUGAGGACGGCUGCCAACCAAAUGCCUCAACUUUGGUCGCUGCUCUGAAAGCUUGUACCACCUUUGCAGCCGACGAAGAAAAGAAGGAAAUCUACGGAGUGGUCGUCAAGUUACAGGCUUUAGAGAAGGGACUGGCCAUUCACUCGCAGGCAGCAGAGAUCGGUUCUGUCUCGGAGGCUUUCGUGGCGACCACACUCGUCGACAUGUAUGCCAAGUGUGGGAGUUUGCUCGAUUCCCGCAAAGUCUUCGACACGAUGCGGGAGCACAGUGUGGUCUCGUGGAACGCGUUGAUGCUUGGAUACGCAGAAAACAGCGAGGGUGGUACGGCUUUGGAGUUACUAGCGGAAAUACUAGCAGCAAAGGUCUGUGCUCCAAACUCUUCGACAUUUGUUGGAGCUCUCAAAGCGUGUGUUGAUCUUGCAGCUAAAGAGGAGGGGACUGACGUGGAGGGGAAGCUUGUCAAGCUGGAAUCUCUUGAGAAGGCUAUGGAAGUCCAUUUGCAAGCUGCGGGACACGGUUUUGAGAAUGGAAUUCUCUUCGCCAAUGCUCUACUAGAUACGUUCUCAAGGUGUGGAAGUUUGAUGGACGCCCGGAUAGUCUUUGACAAGAUGCCACAGCGCAGUGUGGUAUCAUGGACUGCCUUGCUCAUGGCAUAUGUCGACUGCGGAGAACCGAAGCUCGCUCUGGAAGUUUUCUCGUGCAUGGAACCGGCGGGACUUCUACCAAAUGCGUACAGUUUUGCCGCUGCCAUCAGGGCCUGCAGUGUAUUGGGAGCAACAGAGGAAGCCAAGGAAGUGGAAGGAAGGAUGGUGAAGGCUGAGUCGCUGGGAACAGGCGCAGCUGUGCACUCUCAAGCAUUCAAGAGUGGCUACGACACGGACGUCAGUGUGGCGAACGCACUGGUGGACAUGUACGUCAAGUGUGGGAGUUUGGCCGACGCUCGAAAAGUUUUUGAUGGGAUGACGCCUCAGGAUCCCGUCUCGUGGAACGCUUUGAUCCUGGGAUAUGUCACAAACGGGGAAGCAGAAGAGGCCCUGAGUAUCUUCGAGACGAACAGCAGCUGCGUUCCAACCUCUCGAACGUUUUGUGCGGCACUCAAGGCUUGCAGCAGUCUAGCAGGGAAGACAGAUGGGGAUGGACGGCUCGUGAAAGUAGAGGAGGCACUCGAGAAAGCCGUGGGGAUUCACGCUCGAGCGGCCAGCUUUGAAUUCGACUCGGACACUUUUCUAGCCAGCGCGCUCGUCAGCUUCUACGCCAAGUGUGGAAGCAUCCGGGACGCCUGGAAGGUGUUCCAAAAGGUGCGCCUUCACGACGCGGUGUCCUGGACUGUGAUGAUACUCGGGCUCGCCGAAAGUGGUCAGGGGGAGCUUUCUCUGCAACUCUUCCAUCGAAUGCGAGCACAGGGAUACAGACCCGACGCGCCAACUUUCGUGGCUGCUCUCAAAGGUAGCAGCAGCGUGGGAGCCUUGGAGCCUCUGCAGGGAAUUCACGCAGAUAUCUCCAGGUGUGGACUCGAGGACGAUCCCGUUGUAGCGAACGGCGUCGUCGAUGGCUAUGGCAAAGCCGGGGACGCAGCGAAGGCACAGCAGGUCUUCGAGUCCCUGGAGAAACCAGACGCGGUUGCCUGGACGUCCGUGAUAGCAGCACACAGCCGCGACGGGGACACGCGAAUGGUUUUCAAGCUCUUCGACGAGAUGCAAGACGAAGGCUUCCAACCAGAUGGGAUCGCACUUCUUUGCGUGCUCACGGCGUGCAGCCAUGGCGGGCUUGUCCACCAAGCGAAGCGCUACUUCAAGGAGGUGGAAGCGAAGUAUGGAGUUCGUCCCGGGGCCGAGCACUACCACUGUAUGGUGGACGCUCUCGGCCGCGCAAACGAGCUGGAGGAAGCGGUGGAGAUGGUGAAAGCCAUGCCUUGUGAGGCGAGUGGUGUUGCUUGGAGAACGGUGCUGGGCGCUUGCAAGAAGUGGAAGAAUGCGGCGGUCGGAAAGCUUGCUUUCGAUCGGCUGGUUGAAGUGGAGGCGAGGCACGAGGCGGGGUAUUUGUUGAUGGAGGCGAUCUACGCGAGCAGUGGCAUGAGGGAGGAGCAAGCUCAAAUCCAGGAGUUGAGAAGGAAGAACAUACCAAAGAAUAUCCAGCUCUAGCUAGAGCAAAAAAUUUAAGGUUGAGGAUGCCAGGAGUCGAACCCGGGAUAUCUUUUCAGGAUUGAAAGUUUGGAAACCACUA